AUGGGGCCGUUUCCGCCGAGUAAGAGCGGGAACGCAUAUAUCUUGGUCGUGCAAGACCUGUUUACUAAGUGGAUUGAGUGUUGCCCCCUGCGAAAAGCGACCGGCAAAAAGAUCCGCGAGCUCUUGACGGAAUUGAUCGUGAAUCGGUGGGGCGCGCCGCGAGUGCUUCUGACGGAUAACGGCACGGAAUUCAUUAACCGCGAACUGCAGGCUUUUGCGGAGGAGCACGGCAUAACUCAUACGACCGUGCCUCCGUACCAUCCUCAGGCAAACCCUGUGGAACGCGUCAAUAGAGUGAUUAAGACUAUGAUAACGGCCUUUCUUGAAAGCGAUCACCGCGAGUGGGACCUACACUUGACUGAGUUCAGAUUCGCGUACAAUACGGCGUAUCAUACUUCGCUACAGGCAACCCCUGCGUUUUUAAAUUUUGGUAGGGAACCACAGCCGAUAAAUACCGUGCGUGGAAGGCACGAGCAGGCUGUCGAGGUCGCAGAGACGAAUCCCGCGAAUUGGAAGGAACGCAUGGAGAGGAUAAAAGCUUUACGCGAAUGGAUAAUCGAAAAUUUAGAAGCUGCGCAUGAAAAGCAGUCGCGAUACUAUAAUCUGCGAAGGAGAGAUCAACGUUUUGCGAUUGGCGAGCGAGUUCUGAAGCGGCAACAUAUCUUGUCGUCGGCCGCUCAGAACAUAUCGGCUAAAUUAGCGACAAAAUUCCACGGUCCGUUUACUAUCGCGAAAAUAUUAUCGCCCGUGGUUUAUGAGUUACGUGAUGACGCGGGUAGAUCGUUAGGUAAGGGAAUUAACGAAAAGAGAGAAAGAGAAGCGACGAUGUCUCGCAGGUUCCUGGAGCAAUACAGGGACAUAUUCGAGGCUGUCGACGAGGCGCGUCCAGGUUUCUGGACGGCGCUAGCCGAGGAGGCCCGAAGAAUAAUGGAGAGCCGCACCACUACCAGAGGCGCGAUAGUGCGCGAUCCCGGUCCGUUUCCCGGCCCAGCUUGA